UCAUUCACCAACACACACUAACUGUGUACCAAGCCUGACACGAGACACUGAUUAGUGACAUAAAGGACUCCAGAGACCCUUCCAGCUGCUGCUUCACUUGAAAAUACUCUGUUCAGUAAUGUCUCCAAAAUCGUCCCUGCUCCUGUGCAUGACAGUGCUCUUCUCUAUAGUAUACCAAUACCAAGUACUUUGCUCUGAGUCUAACACGACUGAAAUCAAAACCAAUGCCACAUUACCUGGAGAUCAUCCCAUCUCUAACGAAACAGAGAGUAUACAGGUCCACGAGGAAGAUGAGGACGACGAGGAAGGCAAUGAGGAAGAUUUUUCAAUUGCAGGAUUUUUUACGGAUGACUCUAUUCUGGUACAACCAGUAGUGAAGCCUGACGAAACACAGAAAAAGGAGAAAACGAAAAAAGGUGAUAAGAAAAACAAAAAAGGGGAAAAUGACAAGAAGAAAAGGAGGAAGAAGAAGAAGAAUCCAUGCCUAACAACACACAAGGAUUUCUGUUUUAAUGGAGAAUGUAAAUACUUAGAGAGAAUUGAUGAAGUGACAUGCAGAUGUGUGAAGGACUAUUUUGGUGAAAGAUGUGAUGAACAAUAUAUGAAAACACAAAACAAUGGGGAUUUUGGAGAGGUCUCAACUAUAGCAUUGGCCGUGGCGGCAGUUUUACUCUCAGCCAUCAGCAUUAUUGCCAUCAUCAUUAUCAUCAUUGUGCACAACCGAGAAAAAAAUAGCUAUGAAGUGGAAGAAAAGAAAAGAUUAGGGCAAGAGAAUGGAAGUGAAGAAAUUGAUGUGUAAAGAAAAUGGUAAAAUCUCAAAAGAUGGGAAAAAUAAAGAAAAACACUGCCAAACCUCCAUGGGCUGGAAACUAGAAGAUACUGUUCAAUGCUUGUUAUGAUGUAAAAAGUAUAUAUAUUUUUUAUAAAUGAAAUAAGAAAACUAUUUAUUUUAUAUUUAAAAUAUUUAAUGUAUUGUCUAUAUAUUUUAAUAUAUUUGUUAUUGUUUAAAUAAAACAUGUUUUGUAUUUAAAUUAA